GAGCCCCCUCACUGCAAGGGCAUAAAUGGCCUGGGUGGCAUGGGGUCUGUAGACAUCCAGGCAGCUGUGGCGGAGGAGAAAGGGCCUCUCCAACAUGACAUCCUGCCUGCUGUGUCACCAGCAACUUGCAAACCUCUCUCAAGAGCUUCCCCCGGCCUGCCUCGGUUUGUUCUGGCAGUGUGAACUGCCGGCCUGAGCUGUGCCUGGGCUAUGUCUACCAGCCCAUGGCAUGCCUGCCUUCUGUCUGCAUGCCCACCACCUUCCGGCCAGCCAGCUGCGUCUCCAAAACCUAUCUAUCCAGUUCCCGCUGGCCAGCCAGUGGCAUCUCCAGCGCCAUGGGCCCCGGCGGCUGGUACAGCGAAGGGGCCUUCAAUGGCAAUGAGAAGGAAACCAUGCAGUUCCUGAACGACCGCCUGGCCAGCUACCUGGCGAGGGUUCGAGAGCUGGAGCGGGAGAACGCAGAGCUGGAGAGCAGGAUCCAAGCGGCCUCUCACUCCCAGGUGCUCGCCAUGACUCCUGACUACCAGUCUCAUUUCAGGACCAUUGAGGAGCUCCAGCAGAAGAUUCUGUGUACCAAGGCAGAGAACUCCAGGAUGGUCGUGAACAUCGAUAAUGCCAAGCUAGCUGCUGAUGACUUCAGGGCCAAGUACGAGGCGGAGCUGGCCAUGCGGCAGCUGGUGGAGGCCGACAUCAAUGGCCUGCGUAGGAUUCUGGAUGAUCUCACUCUCUGCAAGGCUGACCUGGAGGCCCAGGUGGAGUCCCUAAAGGAGGAGCUGAUGUGCCUCAAAAAGAACCACGAGGAGGAAGUCGGUUCCCUUCGAUGCCAGCUUGGGGACCGCCUUAACAUCGAGGUGGAUGCUGCGCCCCCAGUAGACCUGACCAGGGUGCUGGAGGAGAUGCGGUGUCAGUAUGAGACCAUGGUGGAGGCCAAUCGCAGGGACGUGGAGGAAUGGUUCAAUAUGCAGAUGGAGGAGCUUAACCAGCAGGUGGCCACAAGCUCUGAGCAGCUUCAGAACUACCAGUCAGACAUCAUUGACCUGAGACGCACGGUCAACACGCUGGAGAUCGAGCUGCAGGCCCAGCACAGCCUGAGAGACUCCCUGGAAAACACGCUGACGGAAAGCGAGGCCCGCUACAGCUCCCAGCUGGCCCAGAUGCAGUGCAUGAUCACCAACGUGGAGGCCCAGCUGGCUGAGAUCCGGGCUGACCUGGAGCGGCAGAACCAGGAGUACCAGGUGCUGCUGGACGUCCGGGCCCGGCUGGAGAGCGAGAUCAACACGUAUCGGAGCCUACUGGAGAGCGAGGACUGCAAGCUUCCCUGUAACCCGUGCUCCACUCCCUCCUGUAACCCCUGUGCACCCUCCCCGUGUGUGUCCCGCGCCGUCUGUGUGCCACGCACCGUCUGCGUGCCUUGCUCGCCCUGCCCGCAGGGCCGCUACUGAAGUCCCUCUGCAUGAGAGGAUCCUGGAGGGCCUGGUAUUCUGUGGCCACCAAAAAGAGCAGGGACAACCCCGGCCAGCAAGGAAGAUCCUGAGCAGGACCGUGGAUCACCUGCAGCACUCCUGGGGGUGCUCCAGCCCUCACCUCUUUUUCCCGUGGGUGAACUCUUCUCGUUGGUGAUGUUUCUGGUUGUCUGUGCUGCCUCAAAGAGCGAGUGUUCUUAGUUAACUGGCAAAUAGAGCAGCAUUCAAUGGCCCUGCAAA